CACUGAGUAUGUUCCGUACGGACAACUUACCAAUCUGUCCCCACAGAAGCUGAUUUAUCUGGUAGAGCCGAUGUGUUACAUGUGCGCUCCUAUUUUCAUCGAGGGAAUCCACGUCAGAGACCGAAGAAGACCAAUCAAAGAGGUCGUCCCAACAACAGGACCGUGGGCUUUGAGCGGAACAGUCACCUUGCCAUCGGGUCCACACAGAGAGGGCUACGCCUAUAAAGAGACCACCAUCAUGGGCACGAUGCUGAAGGACAUGAUGGAACAACUUGGACAUCUCUCGAGCGACAUCUUCAACAGGACCUUACGUAUAGUGACGGUGGAGAGAGCUCCGUUCACGAUGAAACGUCUUGGCGACAACAAUGAAACUGAGUACUACGGCUUCUGCGUGGACAUGGUGACCGAACUCUCGCGAUAUCUCGGCUUCGACUACGAGAUGUACGAUGUGCGCGGGUUCGGAGUGAAGAAGAAGAGCGGCAACUGGACCGGGCAGAUCCGGGAAAUUCUGAAUGGGAAUGCGGACUUCUCCCUUUCGCCGCUGAGUGUGAGUCCAGACCGUCAGAUGGUGGUGGACUUCACCACCCCCUUCAUGCACUCCGGGGUCGGGAUGGUUACCAAAGCGCCUGAGCUCAAUCAAAUGGGCUACUUCGCCUUUGUCAAACCUUUCAGGACGGAGGUGUGGUUAGCUAUCAUGGUUGCAUUCUUCGUGAUCUCCGCCUCCAUAUCCCUGGUGAGUCGCUGGAGGCUGAGGUCAAACGUCGGGGAUCCGCAGAACGACAACGACGACAAGUUCACGCUUCAGAACAGCUUCUGGCUGGCGCUGUGGUCCGUAAUGAGAAAAGGCGGAGAGCCGGCCCCCCGCUCCCCUCCCGUGAGGAUCCUGGUGGCGUUCUGGUGGUUCUUCGCGCUGAUCGUCAUCACCACUUACACAGCUAAUCUCACGGCCUCCCUGACGGUGAAUCGAAUGUCUCCAACCAUCAAUUCCCUUGAGGACCUAGCAGCACAGACCGACAUCCCCUAUGGUCUGGUACGGGGAGGAGGAUACUAUAAGUUUUUUGAGUCACGUGCGACGGAACCAGAAGGAAGCGGCACGGUUUUCGAGCGGAUGUGGUACGCCAUGAUCAAAGUCCGUGAGCACGGUGUCAGGAACUAUGUGGAGGGCAUGGACAGAGCUCGCAACGGAAAUUACGUCUACAUGGCUGACGACACGACCCUUGCCUAUGACGUCAUCACUGACCCAGAGUGUAAACUGAUGAUGGUUGGAGUUCCAUUCCUCCAUAGAGGGUACGGAAUUCCCACCAAGAAAGGCAGCCCUCUAGCGGAGGCAUUGACACUUGGGAUCUUGAAGAUGCAGGAGACGGGAACUCUAGACCUGUUAAAGUCUAAAUGGUGGCCUAAGAACGGAUGCCCUCUCUUCGGCCCUGCCCCCGAGGUCAAACGUGGAGACAUCGGACUGGACGUGUUUGCCGGCGUGUUCAUGGUGCUCGGUGCGGGCAUCCUGCUGGCUGUGAUUGUCGCUGCCUGUGAAAUCAUCGUGACAGGAAAGUCUCAGAAGAAGGCAAGCUCACCGAGUCCCCUGGAUUGCAAAGGGGAAGACCUGGAAAAUGGAUACAAGCCAGAGAAAACUGUAGCACAGAGCGGACCCCUGUCACAAGAGCUUCUCCACUGUAUCCAAACUGGAAAAGUCAAGAUCACAGUCUGCCCGACAGCAUCUUGAUCCCAGGAAACUGCAUGGUCAUAGCAAUGUCGCUAGAGGGAGCUGAGUUUCCUCAGCGACACCCCAGUUGGGUGGUGAGAGGGUAAACAAGAAGAAGAGGAAGUUAACGGAGGAACAUGAUUCUUGAACCCGGAAUGACUGCUAGCGCUCAUCCAGUUAGACAGUGGGUUUGACUGAAGGAUGCGCUCUUCUGGGAUGAGGCAUCAAAAGUCUGUUUCAUCAUGAGAAAAAAUCAUUCCUGCUGACAUACAGGGAAUCCUUGCAUGAAACAAACGGUUUUAUAUUCACGCGCUGGGUGAUGCCCUGCCUUCCGCAUGGGACCACGGAGGCCACAUACACUCUGCAUGUGAACAGCACAAAACUUAUAUACCUGUUCAAGCGGCACACCUAACGUUAUAUACAUCUAUAUACAUAGCAAGAGGGAUCGAAGAUUUUCAUCAUUGGCAUCAAAUAUCAGCCGAGAAUUAAAACUAAUAUAAUAUGAGCCAAGAUGAGUUACUCGUAACAAUGUCACUUCGUUCUAGUCUGUGUGACACAAAAUUGGCUGUCCAGGACUGUAACUGGCCCCUCGCCGUGAAGGCUGGCCGGAUGUUGGGCGGGCUACUAUAAGCGAGGUUUCAUCAGGCUAAUUUCACUCAGACUAUGGAGAAUUAGGCAACAGAAGCAAACGAAGCAAACCACGAGGCUCGUUCUUACACCGAUGCAUAGUCUCAAAUACAGAAAGUUAGGUUUGAAGCUCCAUGUUACUUUACCUACCUACCUACCUAGUCCCUACUUUACCUGUAGCAUAACCCAUGACAGACAAUCUAUCCGUCACUCUUGAGAUAUAUUGGCAACGCCUAGCUCAUUUAGAUGCAGACAUGGUCAUAAGUCAUUCUAGUACAGAGAGAUGAUGUUAUGAGUUCGUGGGUCAACUAAGUUCACACAUGUAUGACUAUAUGCCUAAUAGAAUAGAGUGUACCCGCUUAGUUUCUGAGCGUUAAUUUACCAGUGUAUGUUUCUGUAUUGCCUUUAGUUAAGGCUAAGCUACACGAGGAUGCCACACGAGUAAAAUCAGUGUGACUAAAAGCUUUACGAGGGGACUACGAACGUUGCUACCGAAUUAUGAAUUUGGUGUAAAACGUUACAUGAGUGUGUGCGGUGCAAAACCUAGCCCACCUAGGUAUAUCGACUGUUGUAACUAGCUUUAAAGCUAUUUUUGAUUGAAUACACGUGC